AUGGUCAGCACCAAGGUGGCACACGAUGCCAUCCCGGGGUUCGAACUCAUCGCGCCAACAAUCUGGGACCGCAUUCCUUCGACACCUUCCACGCCUACUGUGGGUAUUUCGGCGGCACCAUCUCUCGUCUUGCUCAUGACAUGGGCCGGUGCUCACGGCCGCCCCAUUUCCAAAUACACCACAGAAUACGCCAACAUGUUUCCUUCCUCACACAUCAUGGUCGUCACCACAUCUCUAGCGGACCUCCUCUUCCGAAGCUCCAAGCGAAAACAGCAUCGCCCCCAGCCCGCCGUCAAAUACAUCUCCAACCUCCAACACAUCCCAUGCGCCAACACCAGCGGCAUCCUGAUGCACGUCUUCUCAGAAGGCGGAAGCAACAAGGCCUGCGAGCUCGCAACAGCAUACCAGUGCACCACUGGCUCGCGCCUGCCCAUCUCAGCUCUGUAUCUCGACAGCACACCAGGGCACCGGCGAUUUCCGCGCCUCUGCGCCGCCCUCGCAAAGCCCUUGCCCCCUGUUCCCGUCCUCAAACACCUCGCGCUCGGCGUCGCAGCCGUGCUGCUCGGAUCCGUAUGGGCGGUGCACCGCGUCUUUCAGGGGCGCAAGAACAACGUCGUGUCAAGGUCGCGAGCACAACUACUCGACCCUACCCUGUUCGACCUCCAAGUGCCCCCGUGCUACCUGUUCUCGAAGAAAGACGCCCUGAUCGCGUGGCAAGACGUGGAAGAACACGCCGCCGAGUCGAUGCAGCAAGGCGCCUGCGUGGCAGAAGUCCUCUUCGAAGCAUCCGGCCACGUUGACCAUGCCCGCGCAGAGCCAGCCCGGUACCGGGCCGCAGUCACAGCGGUCUGGCGGCAGUCGCAGGAGCGCGGAAACAGAAACAAAAACGGAUACGGCGAGAAGGGCGCGCGAGCUCCCUGCGAAUCGCAGUCGCAGUUGUCCAAACUCGACUUUGACGACUUUGAAGCCGUGGCGCACACGCUCUGCAAGCCAUCCCGAGCGCACCUUGAGAAGCACAGGUGGAGCAACGGCGCGGGCAGCGCGCUCACACUGCUGCCAUCUCUGCCGCCGACGCCGACCGCGGAGAAGAAGAUGCUGGCGAUGGAGCAGCGCCCGUAUUGCGAUUGA